GAAUGGGAUCAAUUCGUCAGAGAAUCAGCAAUUUUUUACUUGCCAGAUAUGCCAGCUUCUGAUGGAUUAGCUCGGAUUGCUUACCAUAGCAUCGGUAGAUCCAUGUUCGAUGCGUUUCCUUGUAUUGCCAGUGCUGGACAAAAUGCUUGGUCUCACUUCAACAGAUGCUUAAGCUCAAAGAUACGAUGGGAGAGACAGAAGCGACUCAAAGUGAUGAAACGCAAAGAAAGCCCAAAGGACCCUGAUGCAGCAAGUAAACGUCCUUGCACAAAUUCAUCUCCCCCACCACUAGCACUCCCUUCCAUUCAAGAGCCUUUGAUCAGCGAAACAGUGUAUGCUACACACAUCAAAGAAAUUCAAAAAGUGUUUACAGGCACUCGUAAGACAGACAUGACACCCACAGUGAUGGCCCACUUGGACAACCUAAUGCAGGAGACAUUCCCACGUAGAAGGAAGCUAAUACUGGCCCCAGACAACAUGGACACAUCAGAACUAGUAGAAAAGCUUUGGAAAGAUUUCCCAUGCCUUCAAAAUGACACAUGCCUAAUGCAGGAGAUCAGACGUUGUGACAUACACCUUGACACAUACUACAAUGACAACUACUUGGGUGUGCUGGAGAACCUUGGUAAACUGUAUGAUAUUCCACACGAUACCGACUUUGACCAUGUUCAAGUCCUUAAGGAGACGGAAGUGCGCCUGAAUAAACGCAUCAAAAAAACAGAGGUCAUCAAGGUCUUGAAGCUCAACUCGGACUCCAUGGACUCGAAAGUAAAUGGCCAGACAUCACCUAGCCUCGUCAUUACAACUGAUGAUAACCUUGUUACAUCUUCUCAUGUCGUGGGUUUUGGGCGGACCCUUGUUGAGAUGCAGGGGGAAGGUGCGUUGAAGAGGGGACUGCGGUCGCUUAUGGCAACCUACUACAUCCUUGAUUUCGAGUAUCCUCCAGGAUACUCGAUGAUGCUGAAAUUCAUACAGCACUACCUGAUGGGCAGGAUAGUGAAGGACAUCCCCAAGUCGAUCAAAACAUUGUGCUCCAAGGCUGGAGUGGCUAACAGUGUGGAUUAAGCGGUUGGAAUGCAUCUGAAAACCUGUCUGACACCAUCCAGUGAUAGCAUCUAAAGCGCAUGAUAUGGCAGUAGUUUUAAACUAUGCACUAAGGACACAUCACCUCAAGUAACUCACGCACCAAAUUUGUUCAUUCGUUCUCCUCCGAGAUGUGAAACUAGCACCUCAUGUGUUCAUGAUCCCAGGGCAAAGGUGUUGCUAUAUGUGCUAGUCAGCAGGUGCUAGUUCAAAAUUUUACCAUCACCUGAGGAGAGCCUAAACCGAUACCUGUAUUACAUGAGGCAAUAGGCGCACCUCAAGUGUUCAUGAUUCUGGGACAAAAGUGGUGCUAGUCAUUAUGUGCUAGUCAUUAUGUGCUAGUCAGCAGGUGCUAGUCCAAAAUUUCACUAUCACCUGAGGUGGGCCUAAAUCAUUACCUGUACCACAUGAGGCAAUAGGAGCACCUCAGGUGUUCAUGAUUUUUGGACAAAAGUGGUGCUAGUCAGCAGGUGCUAGUCAGCAGGUGCUAGUCAGCAGGUGCUAGUUCCAAAUUUUACUAUCACCUGAGGUGGGCCCAAAUCAAUACCUGUACCACAUGAGGCACAGAAGCACCUCAAGUGUUCAUGAUUCUGGGACAAAAGUGGUGCUAGUCAUUAUGUGCUAGUCAUUAUGUGCUAGUCAACACAACUGACACAUGAGGUGCAUGAAAUAAGUGCCUCAAGUGUUCAUGAUUUU